UUAAACUAAGGCAGAUUUUGCAUUAACAUGUAAUUUUGUGGAGCUGCCUUAUUAUUCCUGUUGUGUCAGACUCUGGCUUUAAGACUUCGAAGACGAGGGAUAUGAAGGGAUCUUCUCAUAGCAGUAUGAAUAGGUGGAAUGAUUACAACGAGGAAACCUAAUUCAAUGUUAAUUUGGGCACCUGGCUGUUUUAAUAGAAACAUGAAACAUUGUGAACUUGUGCUUUAACUGUGCCUGGACUGGACCAGGUGGGAUUAUUCCAGCACAGGAGGAGGAUCACUGCUUGUUGGUCUCUGGACCAGUGAUGCUGUGUGUACUGAACAGGAAACUGAAGGUGAUAACUGGUACAUACAAUGCACAGGUUAAUAAACCUGGAGUGCAGGUGUAUCAACGUUUUAUACUAACUGUUAUCCGUUCUGCAGUGUCCCUCAGCUGUCUGCAGCAAUAAACUACAUAUAUUUAGCUGGAGGGGGUAAAUAUAGUAACAGGUAUCUGAUCCCCAGUCCUCCCAGCCAGAGCGCUGCAGUGUAACAGCUGAAUCAUGGAGCUCUGGGGCGUCUGAGCCUUUUGUUCCUGAAGAAUUUAUACACUUUUAUGAUACCCUUCUAAGACGCAUAUCUACCUACAUCUUAUGGCUCUGGUUUCAGUCAAACAGGUCAGAGACCUCCUUCACUUCAACAACAACAGAUCCUUUUUAAAUCUCCAGGGACGCCAUAGUGGAUUAGAGGGAACCAAAUAAACAACUCAAGACGCAACCAAAAGAGCCAGGAACCUUUGUGAGGACGACAUGGAUUUCAGGCGAGUUGGAUUCGGGAUGGAGGAUGAGGAUGAUGAAGACGAUGCAGCUACUCAGUACAUGAUUGAACAGAGUUUGCUGGAGAUCAACAAACAGAAGGAAACCCACAGAGACUCCACAACACGAGACAGCAGGAGCUCAGGGCCAGACACUGCAGACAGCAGCACCAUCUUUACUGCAAUAAGACAAGGUAAUGAGAAGCUCCUGAAGGAGUUAUGUGUUGGACAGAAAGAUAAGUUUUUAGAGACAGACAGCAGAGGUUGGACUCCUCUCCAUGAAGCAGCAGCUCAGAAAAACUACAACAUCCUGGAGCUCACAUUCAAAGCUGCAGGCUCACGCUCUGUGGAGGUUCAGACCCUCCGUGGUCAGACUCCUCUCUUCCUGGCUGUAGAACAGGGUCUGAUAGAAAACGCCUCCUUCCUCCUUAAAAAUGGAGCUCGGCCGGACAUCCAGGACCACGAGGAGGACACACCACUGUUUGUAGCCAUCCGUUCAGAUCGCGCUGACCUGGUGAAGAUGCUGCUCCUGCAGGGCUCCAGGGUGAACCAGCUUGGUCACCACGGCCGCUGCCCCCUCCAUGAGGCCGCUCAGCUGGGCAAAGCACCGAUGGUGAAUAUGCUGCUGCAGGCCGGAGCACAACCAGACCCUCGCAGCCACUACGGACUCACGCCGCUGGCACUCGCCUCUCAAGCAGGACACCUGGAGGUGGUGGAGACUCUACUGAAGAGAGGAGCGGAUGUCCUAUCCCAGGCACAGGAUGAGGCGUCUAUCUUGUACGAGGCGUCUGCGUCUGGAGAUCCAGCUAUCAUCAGUCUGCUGCUGGAAUACGGAGCGGACGCCGACGUUCCCAAACUCACGGGACACAUGCCGAUCCACCGAGUCGCUCACAGAGGACACCUGCAAGCUCUGAAGUUGCUGAUUCCAGUAACGACUAUGGCAGAAGUAAAGGACAGCGGGAUGAGUCCUCUACACUCUGCUGCUGCAGGAGGACACACUCACUGUAUCAAGGUCUUGCUGGAUGCAGGUUAUGACCCCAACUACAUGCUCCAUCCCUGGAUUCGCCGUAGCUACGACGACGAGAGGAAGUCGGCCCUCUUCUUUGCUGUUUCCAAUAACGACCUGUCAUCAGCCGAAGUGCUGCUGGAGGCUGGAGCCAUGACCAACCAAGACCCUGUUAAAUGUCUGCAGGUUGCGCUGCGUUUGGGCAAUUAUGACUUGAUCAACCUAUUGCUGAAGUUUGGAGCCAAUGUCAACUAUUACUCCAGAAUAAACACGACACACUUCCCCUCAGCCCUGCAGUACGCCCUCAAAGACGAGGUGAUUCUCAGGAUGCUGUGCAACUAUGGUUACGAUGUGGAGCGCUGCUUUGACUGUCGCUAUGGCAACGGCUCACACGUUCCCGAAGACUACGAGGGAUGGACCAACACAGUGAUCAAAGACACCAUGUUCUGCGAGGUGAUCACCCUCUCCUGGCUGAAGCACCUCUCAGGUCACAUAGUUCUCACCUUGUUGGACUACGUGAAUCAUGUGACCUUGUGCUCCAAGCUGAAGGCGGCUCUGAUGGAGCAGCAACAGUGGCCCGACAUCUGCAAGCUGCAAGAGAACGCCCGCUGUCUGCAGCAUCUCUGUCGUCUGCGGAUCCGUCGUUGUCUCGGUCGUCUUCGUCUCAGAUCAUCUGUCUUCAUGAGCUUCCUGCCGUUGCCGGGACGACUGAAGGACUACGUCCAGUACCGGGAGCACGACCUGUACGGCCUGCAGAGCAACACACGCAGACUAUCAAUAUCAAGAUAACAAAUCAAUAUCAAGAUCAUUCAAAGAAAUUAUUAUAUAAGAACACAUAAUCAAUCAUAAGUCACUUUUCUGGUUUGUUAACCCACAUCAUACACAUAUAAGAGUAAAAGACAAAACCUGUUUUUCUAUUUUAUUGUAUUUUCUUUUCUUUCUUUGGUUGUAUAAAAUUAUAAAGUCAAACAUUAUCUGAAAGUAAAACCACCCACAACAAAUAAUCUUCCCUUAUUUGUUUCAAAUAUAUAUUUUUAUACUUUAUUUUAUUAUCAACUUUGGCAACAGAAACGUGUAUCACAGAUUGUAAAUGAUAAUUUAUUCCUCUGCUUGUUAUCUUUUCAUAAUUCACAUCUUUACAGACCAGAGCGGCAUCACUUUUAAUUUUAAAGUUCAUAUAUUCUUUUAUCAUUUCAUUUGAGUUUAUAACUUUUAAUUAUUGAUUGAUCUCAACACUUCAUUUUUGACCUUAAAACAGCAGUUUACAAAACAAUCUCGUCUCAUGUUCCCUUUACUCACCUUAUAUUUGCCCGGUUGUCAUGUUUCCUGUUCUCAUGUGUCAAACUUUAAAUAUUUCUGAGCACUUUCAGUACUUCAGGACAAGACUGUGUGAAACAGCAAAUUAUCAAACAGUCAGUGAGUCCAUGUGUUUGUGCUUCCAACAUGUGAUAUCUGAACUACAGUAUGUUAUGAACUUUGCUUCAGAUAUUCAUUGUUCACAGAGGAUGACUCCUUUUUAUUGUGAUGAAUCUCUGAUUUUGCUCUAUUGUACCAUCAGGACAAAUCUUUCCACUUGUGCACAAGAAAUAUGGUAAAAAAUAAACAAGAGAAUGAAUAAAAUUCU